ACGCAGCAGACGCGCACAGCCACGCUAACUGCCCACCUGUCCCUCAACACGCACCUCUCUCUUUCUCCCCCCUUCGUCCUGCUUCGCCCUCCUAAGGUGCAAACCCAGCCCUGACAGCCAUGAGGGACAAGCCGGAGGGCAGGCUCAGCAACCCCUUCUCGCUCUGGCUGGCACAUUGCUUUUUCCUGCUCCUGUCUCAAGUCCUUCCUACUCCUUCCUCAAGUCCUUCUAUUUAAUUUCUCCCUCCUCAAAGGGACCCUGAGCACUUGCAUCACUGAAAUGAGAUGAUCCGAAUGUGAGCUGUCAUAUUAAGGAGAGAAAUGUCACUGCGCUCAGUACACAGCUGAAAAACAGGCAGCAAGUGGGAAUUGGCUAAAUUAGCUUACCAGACUGCUUUUUCUAUUGCUUUAUUCCUGCAUUUGGUGUGAGAACAGAAUGACUGGGUGAAGGUGGAAAACCUUCUGGAAACCUUCUGGGAAUGACAACAAUAUGCAAAAGCAUGAAAAGAGAGCGUGGAGGAAAAUUGCAAGUGGCUCUGAGAGACGCUGAUAAGAAGUGUUUGUCUGAAAGAAAACAAACGCUUAAGAUUAUUGCACUAUAUCCUCAUAUACCACGUUGUCGCCCAAACGAGAGCGUCAUCGGCCUACAUUUUUCAGCCUCAGCUCGGCCAAUGGUGACUUUCGGACUUCUGCAUAAAAAAUGUUCCUCGAACGCGAAGUGUGGUUCAGCCCUGCACUGUCAUGGUUGCCAGGCUCUGGAAAGCUCCUCUGGUUGUUUGACUAACUGAAGAUCUCAAGUGCCAAGAUGAUAGUAAUGAAUAGUGUGAAGACGAUUACCCUGGCACACUUAAACAAGCAGCUGAAAAGUAUCUGGAGUCCAUCAGCAGUGCCAGCACGACUCUGCAGUCUGGCCACCUGCACUCGCAAAAACAGGAAUGAUGCACUACAUCCACUUUGGCAGAGUCCGCUCUCCAUUCCUGGAGGCACACGGCAGUCUCCUAUCAAUAUCCAGUGGAGAGACAGCAUUUAUGACCCCUUUCUGAAGCCCCUGAAAAUCAGCUAUGACCCAGCCACGUGUCUGCACAUCUGGAACAACGGGUAUUCAUUCCUGGUUGAGUUUGAUGACUCUACUGAUAGAUCAACAAUCAUGGGAGGUCCCUUGGAAAACCAAUACAGGCUAAAGCAGUUCCACUUCCACUGGGGAGCCAUAAACGAGUGGGGUUCAGAGCACACGGUUGACAGUAAAGCUUACCCAGCAGAGCUGCAUUUAGUACACUGGAAUGCUGUUGUGUACCCAACUUUUGAAGAAGCUGUAAUGGAAGGUAACGGCUUGGCUGUUAUUGGAGUAUUUUUAAAGCUAGGAGAACAUCAUGAAGGACUGCAGACGCUGGUAGAUGCCUUGCCAGCAGUUAAACACAAGGACACGGUUAUUGAGUUUGAUGUCUUUGACCCCUCCUGUUUGAUGCCUUCGUGCCCUGACUAUUGGACCUACGCGGGCUCUUUGACUACUCCCCCGCUUACAGAAUCAGUCACAUGGAUUAUUAAGAAGAAACCAAUAGAGGUUGAUGAAAAUCAGCUGGAGGCAUUUCGGAUGCUGCUCUUUACUUCAGAUGGUGAAGAAGAAAAGAGAAUGGUAGACAACUUUCGCCCUCUUCAGCCAUUAAUGAAUCGAACCGUCCGUUCAUCUUUCCAAAACAUGCAUCUCUUGAAUGUUGAAGCACAGUCCAAGGACCAUGCUCAGCAGAUCGGGCCAUAGAUGGCCCAUGAAAUGUCAGUCCAGGUUGCAAUACCUGGAUAUAACUGACAUCUCUUUAUCAUUAUUUCUCCUUUUUUGCAGCGUGUAUAUGCCAUACAAUUUCACAGCCAGCCAUUUUCAGUUCUACUAAGUGCCAUUGAGAAGGAGCGAAUAUUAACUCUUAGUAACUUUACUCACUUUAAAACAGAGUUCAAUAAAUGUUAGUGUGUGUCAGGAACUAUUCUGAAGGUUAAAGGAAAAAUAAGGGGAGGAGAUCUUAUUCCCUGUCUUUUGCCUGAAUUGUUACAUGUCUCUUCAAACACUCUCUCAGAGACUUGAAUAAAUUAAUAAUUCUGACCGAAAACAAGCAGGAAGUGUGAAGAAGUCAAGAGUCUAUUAAUACUGAUCUGGUGCACUGUAGAAUUGUUUCAGUGGUUUGGGAGGAGAGCUAUCGUCUUGUUAUUUAGAAAAAGACUUUUUAUCUAAUUCCUUUUUUUUCUUUAAAAGAAGAAAGCACUCAAUCCUUGGUGCUUAGGAUGACAAGAGGAGAAUGAAAAAUUUGAUUUGUGGAAUCUAGAGCUUUUCCAUCACAUUUGCUGCAUGGUCACUAUUUGGUAUGGAUGGAACCACAGAAUGUCCACUAUAUCUGUACGACAAGCCAGAAGACAUUUUCCAAAACCCAAUAACAAAUUUAGAACCUUUUAACAGAGAAAAUAGAAGCCACCAACAUUAAUAGUGUGCCAGGAGAAGAGAGCAGGAGAAAAGAACUGCCAGUAUCUCAAGACUGUGCAAGAGCAACAAAUCUGACAAACAUCUCCAGGUGAUCCCAGGAAAUAAUCACAUCAGAGGAAAACAAAAUUAGCUGAGCCCCACCUGACCAUGCUAAUGGGGCACAGGGGGAGUGGAUUUCUGAAACCUAAUCUAGUGCUAGGAGAAUGUGGACAAAAUGCAGCAUUCAGGUACUCAAAAGAUUUUUCGGCAGCUCUUAGAGCACCAGUGUACUCUUUUGAACACUGUGCCUAAAGCUGUGCUUUUCUUAAGAGAGUUGCCUAGCUUAAUGACAACUGGGGACCAGACUCUGCUACAGAACCUUAAGGAAAUGAAGUUAAGUGGUGGUGGAAUCUUAUUUGGGGACCAGACAAAACUACCCUUUAAGUUGGCAGUUGUAGAGCCUUAUCCUAGAGUUAUGGUCCAGUUGGCACAAGCUUUAUCUACCUCUGAAGCAUACUACUAGCCAUGAUUUUCUCUAGAGCAUGUUUCUCACUGCAUUUAUGUGCUUUAUUGUAUUUAACAGUGUGACUGUGCAUUAAAUUCAUGUACAAAACACAUGAUCAGAUUUUCUGAUGAGGACUAGGUCUGUCUGUAAACUGAUGACAUGAUCUUGACUGAUUGUAUUUAAGUAUCUUUUUGGGGGACAGAUGUUAAUUGGGCUACUUCUGCCAGUAAUCAAAGUCACCGGUUGCUGGUGUCAUUCAGCACAAGAGAUGCCAGGACGCUAGCUUGUCAAUGCUAAAUUCAGAACUUUGGGAUUGCUACUGUUUUUUUGUUUCUGUUUUGUUCUUAAUUUCAAGUGUUCAGUUUAAAAGCACUUUAUGACAUUUAACUUUGCAAUGUUUCUGUUUAGCUGCUUGAAGUGCCCAGUUUCUGCCGCUGCUUCCUUUGUAACUCUACCUCAGGCUGUUGCUGUGUUGCAGCAGUUGUGCCUUUCUGCCUUGGCGAUUUGAAAUGUGCCCACUUAAGAGGGAUUCUACGCUAAACAGUAAAUGUCAGAUCAUCUUUCUUCUCUCCCUGUUCUGCUUUACUGUGCAGUAUGCUUAACACUGCAAUAUGUAACUUCAGAUUAUUUACUUCUCCCAAGCCGUUGCUGCUUUGUUGAACUACACCAUGUACGUCUCUGGCCUCACCAAACAGAUAUUUGCUAUGUUUCACUUGCAUUUCCACUAGUGUCUGAAAUCCUUGGAUUACACAGUUGUCACUGAGGACAUAAUCAAGCCUUCCUGGGCCUGCAAAGUGUAACUAAGGGUAUCAUAGUAGUACUAGUCUGCAAAACCACAUCAGCGGUUGUUUUGCUAGAGAAUGACAGAUUCCAAAAUAAUUCUGGAAGGGAGAUUUACAGGCCUGGCAAUAGGAAGAGCAUUCCUUACUUUCUGCUUGAGCGUACUUGACCUAGAGUCAUUGUUAGGCUGGAAGUUUUUUUUUCAGUACUGUUCUUACAAACCAUUUUCUGAGAAGGACCCUGUAUAAAGAUGGCAACAAUUCAAAACUGGGUGCUUUGCAGGUAUCUCGUAUACCUUUGAGAUUUUUUCCUACUCGUUAUUAGCAGUUAGGAAAAAAUGUGAUGGAAAGUCAUCUUAAUGCUGCUGAGUCACUUGUACUUUUAAAUGCAAAGGCAACAUUAAGUCAGCUAUAGGUAGCCUGCAUCAACCAAAAUAUUUGAAACUACUGCAUUAUAAAAUUUCAGGUGGGUACGGAGAAGUAAGCUGUGACAUGGUCUCUGUGAUGUCCGUGAGGAGCCAUGUGUUUGCUUUAUUAGUGGGGAAAAACCAUGUGGAGUAAGGAGGGAACAACCUGGCUUAAUUUGGCUCAGUUUGAAUUACCAGCUAUAAAUACACGUGAACUUUUAACAUGCUCAAAGCUGCAAGUUAAGCCAGCAUCUCUAAAUUAGUAUAGAAUCCCUUCAUGUAAGGCACUUUUUUCUUGUGGUUAUUAGUUUAAGGUCUUAAAAACAAGCAAACCCUCCCCAUCAUAAGUGGAAAGGGUCUUUAAAUAAACUUCAUACUACAGCUCAAAGUAUUUUAGUUGCCUUGGUAAUUUUCAUAAAGUUUUUGUGCCCCUCUGAUUCGCUAAGCUUGUUUCACUAGUUGAUAAAGCUUUCUUGGCAUAUGCAAAUGCAAAAUACACAUUUGUUCUUAGGGAGCUACUGUAGUAUAAAUGUUUAAUCUUCAGGUGUUUCAUAAUGCUGUAACAUACUUGUAUCCAACUGAAUUCCCAUUGAUUAGAGUUGUUCUACUGAAGAAAAUUUUUUCCCUAAUUGUGUAAGUCUUUCAGCAUGCUCACUACCAUGCAGCAGUCACAAUGGUGUUGAAUAUUUUGUCUCCAGUGAUCUAAUUGAGAUGUAAAAUUCUCAUACAAAUUUAAUUAUUUUGUUAAAGUACUGUCAUGGAAGUUUUACUAGAGAACAGCUGUAUUAUCCAGGUGUACAGUUAAUAAGCUAUAUUUUCUGUGUAUAUAUAUUUAUAUAAAAUCACAUCUAAAUAUACAGACACAAAAUUAAUAAGUUUUCAGCAAUGAAUUUCAAAUAUCUCAAAACAGGGUCAGCCUUAAACUUUUAACUCUACUUUGCUAAGAAAAUAAGCUUUACAAGGGUUUUCUGUUACAGUUAUUUUGCUCCUAUCUGGGUCGCUGUUGCAUUCACAUAUUAGUGUUCUAGCAUCUCUGGUUCAGGUAGACCGUAUCUCAGUUGCAGGACAGAUUGUCAUAUGUUGAAAUUAGCAGACGGGAAAUGAGUAGAAAGUUUAUUUUUACUUUUAUGUUACAGUGUCUGCGUUGGUAUUGCAAAAGUUAACUUCAAGGAAAAUAGUUCUACAUGCAUAUGCAUAAUGUGUAAAGUGUGCAUAAAAUAGGUGGUGGGGCGUAAUUCUUUUGUCAUAUUUUCCAGCCUUUUUCAUGGUGGGGGACAAAACCUAUGACUUUGGUUGUUGGACUUUAGCUAAUAUUUGUAAUGAUUUUGCACAACUGACCUAAGCCCUAUUUGCAGAUGUCUGCACAGGGUUCUUUCGACUCUUCUUUUAGAUGGUAUAAUAUGGGAAGGUCAAAGCACACAGUUGUAUUUGCACUUGCAUCGUAAUGACUUUUGUCACUUAAUACUCUACCGGGAGGCAUUCCUGUGGCAGUAAGUACUAUGGGCUGAAGGUUGUGGUGGGAUUUGCUCUGAGGGGGGGUUAGCUGAUGCGAGAGUAGAAGGUUUUGGAGGGGAAAGCUGCAUCCAUGUUGGUCCAGCUUGCUUUCAGUAACAGAAAUUUCCAAGACAGGAGUCUUCCUAUUAAAUAUUGCUCUGACAGAAAUUUCAUUCUCGAUGCCUUUAUAGCUGGAAUGACUUUAUUUGACACUGACUAUUUGGUCCAUAUUCUUGCAUAUUCUUUCACACCAGUGCGUUUCAGGUAUUCACCAUAUAUACCUGACCUGUCUUUUGCUGUCUUCUGUUGUAAAUGGCUUGCAUUGGUAUUUUUUACCUCAAGUCUGACAGGAGUGUAUCCUUUUGGCUUUGAAAGCUAUAGAAAUGGAGAUUGCUUUGAUCCCCAAAAUCUACUGGGCAUUAGAGUACUAGAAUUCUACAUGGCUUGUUCGUGAGGAAAGGUCCCUUAUUCUGCUCAGCUUCAUAGUCAAUGGUAUUUGCUUUCAGAUUUGAAUGCUUUAAUUUUGAGAGGCUUAACUUGUGAUUCUUGACGUAUCUUUGUUAUUUUUCAUUGUGUAUCUCAGUUUCUUGGCAGUUAUUCUAUUGCAUAUUUUAAUGUAUAUUAUCUGCCUAAUCAUAAUUUGCUGAAAUAAUUGUCUUUAUGGGCCGCAUAUAUAAUGGGGAAUGCCCUUUUGUUCUGCUAGGAAACAGACCUUUUUCUGAGUUUUUACUUGAUGUAAGGAAACUUCUAGCUGCUGUAUGUUUAAAAUGUUAAAUUAGCGUGCAGAAACUCAAUAAAGAAGCACAGAGAAA